AGGGUACCAGAGUGCACCAAGCUACCAACCCCUCCAUUACAAAAUACCCUAAAACUACGCAUAUUCCACAAGCUACUUCAUUAUACACAAUGUCUGGCUCGGAGUGCCUCGAGAACCCUCCUGCAUUGGUCUCCGGCGGUGAAUCCGGCAAUGUUUUGCAGAUCGCCUCCCUCAAUUCUUAUGUUUCCGGGAAUGCUGAUUCAAAAGUCGCACUUCUUUUUAUUUCUAAUAUACAUGGCUAUGGAGUUCCAAAAUUCAGGAAACUUGCCGACAAAGUUGCCUCUGCUGGAUAUUAUGUAGUUGCCCCUGACUUCUUUCAUGGAGACCCCAUAACUCCUGAAAUUCCGAUUUCAGAUUGGCUAAAGAAUCAUGGACCGGUAGAAGCCGUUGAACCUGCCAAACUGGUUAUUAAGGCUCUUAAAGAGAAGGGUAUAACUAAAAUUGGCGCUGCAGGAUUUUGUUGGGGUGGCAAGGUAGCUGUAGAGUUAGCAAAGGAGGCUGAUAUACAAGUUGCUGCUCUCUUGCAUCCUUCAUUUGUCACUUUAGAUGAUAUCAAGGGGGUUAAGGUUCAUACUGCCAUACUCGGUGCUGAGAUCGACAAUAAAUCGCCACCGGAACUUGUCAAAGAAUUUGACCUUGCUUUACAAGCAAAACCAGAGGUGGAUCACUUUGUGAAGAUAUAUGGUGGUGUAUCGCAUGGUUGGACGGUUCGAUAUAAAGAUGAAGAUGCAGAAGAGGUGAGAUCUGCAGAAGAGGCUCAUGAGGAUCUUCUGGUGAAGAAGGAGGGUGGUUUAGAGGGUGUUCGAUGGAGUUGUGAAGAAGGAAGUUUCGUGUUUGCAUCCCACAUCGCUCGUGUUUCCAGUGAAGAAGAAAGUUUGGUGUUUGCAUCCCACAUCGCUGGUGGGACAAUAGAUGAAGGCACACAUAUCUUAUAA